AGAAAAAGUACACACCAAUUUUUCCAUUAUUCUACUUCUCUGUAUUUUUCUACUAAUAUUUGGUUCAUUAAAUCUACUAAUUCCAUUCAUAAAUCAGUUUCAACUCAUUAUCCCUAUUUAUUCCAGCGCACCAAUCACGAUAUUUAUUUAUUUGUUAGUUCUGUAUUUUCUCUGUUUCAUGGGAAGAAAACUCUUUAAAAAACCAACUACCUAACGAACCCGAAAUUUAAAAAGAAAAUAAUAAUUGUAGUUUAUUUAUUUCUCCUUCUCCUCGUUCUCUCCGGUUCAAUUCGCUCGAUCACAAUUCAUGGAUACUCUCCCGCACGUGAUCACCACCCCUAACCUCACAACAACCUUUCGUCAUGGUUUAACGACUUCUACACUCCGUUACUCCAACCCUCGUCUUUUCCGUUCAUUCAAGGUCGCAAAUAACUUUCGCGUCUCUUCCGAGCUUAAGAGCCGCAACAACACAACGACAAUUGAUUAUACUGAUCCUGAUUGGAAAAUGAAGUUCACGGAGAAUUUCGAAAAGCGGUUUAGACUCCCUCAUGUUACUGAUACGUUACCUGAUUCUGUUUCUAUGCCUUCGACUUUUUGUCUCAAAAUGAGGACUCCUGUGAAGAGUGGCGUUCCCGGGAAUUAUCAGUUGGAUGAGGAGUGGAAUGGGUAUAUUAAUGAUAAUGAUAGAGUGCUGCUUAAGACAAUAUACCAUUCAUCACCCACAUCUGCUGGCGCCGAGUGCAUUGAUCCUGGUUGUAAUUGGGUAGAGCAAUGGGUUCAUCGAGCUGGACCUCGGAAAAAUAUAUACUUCAAACCAGAAGAAGUAAAGGCAGCCAUUGUUACUUGUGGAGGACUGUGUCCUGGUCUUAACGAUGUCAUUAGACAGAUUGUAAUCACACUUGAAAUAUAUGGUGUAAAAAAGAUUGUUGGUAUUCCUUUUGGCUAUCGCGGCUUUACUAACAAAGAGUUGACAGAAGUACCGCUUUCAAGGAAAGUAGUUCAAAAUAUCCAUCUUUCCGGUGGUAGCCUAUUAGGAGUUUCACGCGGAGGACCUGAUGUUAGUGAAAUUGUGGACAGUUUGGAGGAAAGAGGGAUCAACAUGCUCUUCGUGCUGGGUGGAAAUGGUACACAUGCUGGUGCAAAUGCAAUUCACAAUGAGUGCUGUAAAAGAAGACUUAAAGUGUCGAUAAUCGGAGUGCCGAAAACUAUAGACAAUGACAUUCUGUUGAUGGACAAAACUUUUGGCUUUGACACUGCGGUAGAAGAAGCCCAAAGAGCAAUAAAUGCUGCAUACAUUGAGGCGCAUAGUGCAUAUCAUGGAAUUGGGAUCGUGAAAUUAAUGGGUCGUAGUAGUGGAUUCAUCGCAAUGCAAUCUUCAUUAGCCAGUGGACAGAUUGACAUAUGUCUAAUCCCCGAGGUUCCUUUCAAUCUGCAUGGACCUCAUGGAGUUUUGAGUCAUCUCAAGUACCUUAUAGAAUCAAAGGGAUCAGCUGUAGUUUGUGUAGCAGAGGGAGCUGGACAGAAUUUACUUAAAAAAACUAAUGCUACUGAUGCUUCUGGGAAUGUUAUAUUUGGAGACAUUGGCGUUUAUAUCCAACAAGAGACGAAAAAACAUUUCAAGGAGAUUGGUAUUCAUGCUGAUGUGAAAUAUAUUGAUCCAACAUACAUGAUCCGUGCGUGUCGAGCAAAUGCUUCAGAUGGAAUUUUAUGCACCGUACUUGGACAAAAUGCGGUUCAUGGUGCAUUUGCUGGAUUUAGUGGCAUUACAGUAGGCACAUGUAACACACAUUAUGCUUACUUUCCAAUCCCCGAAGUAAUAUCGCAUCCUCAGUUGGUGGAUCCCAACAGUCGAAUGUGGCAUCGAUGCUUAACUUCGACAGGCCAGCCGGACUUUGAUUGACCAUUUUCUCUUGUUCAAUUAAUAUAUUCAACAGGCUUGGAAAUUCAGGCUUCCAUAGAUUAUAUCAUAAGAUAGCUUCAAAAGUUUACUUAGGUAAUCAAUCCCUACAGAAUAAUACAAAGGAUGACAUUUCAUCCUUAUUUUUAAAAAAAAUGAUUACUUGUAUAGCAAGGCAAACUUACUGUCCUGCCAGUUGCAUUUACAAUAAAACUUGAGGAAAAAAUUGAUUCAUUGUGACAUUUUUUGUAACCUUUAAUAAGGGAUAUUUAAGGGUAGAUUUUUUGUAAUUUAUGCGAUGAAUUUUAAUAGCAAUUUUGUUCUGAUCCAA